CGCAACCGUUCAUUCAUCGAUCAUUUGUGUGUCCAGCAGCACAGCACGACACCCAACGUCCUUCCCCAAGGCAUACACACCACCCCCACCCAUGCUGCAGCCAAGACGGAGAGAGAAAGCGGACAAUCCAUCAAUCAGAGACGCAGACAGACCAUGGCGGGUACCGAGACACGUGACGGCAUGCACAGCCAGCCCAUGGGCAUGCGCGGCUAACACCACGCCAGCCAGCCAGUCAGCCAUUCAGCCCAUCCACACCUCCCUCCCCCCUUCCCCCACCCCUAUCACACAUCCAUCCGCUCAUAUGCGCCUACUGCAGCAGCAGCAGCUGCUGCGGCUGGGCGAAGGGGCUCUCGGCCUGCUGCAGGCCGGGCAGGUUGGCCUCAUCAGCCGCCCCGCCCUCAGCAGCAGCAGCAGCCGCCCCGUCCCCCGCCCCGCCCCCCGUGUGGGCCUGGGUCUCGCCCAGCUUGCGCUUGCCGGUGAGUUUCUUGCCCGUCCCCUCCUCCCCCAGAUGCGCCACGCGGAUGUGGAUCAU